AUGAGCGACGACGAGAGCCGAAACAGUUGUACUACUCCAUUACAGGUUGCUCAAGAGAGACAGCGCAAACAGCAAGAGAAACAACGUCAAGAGGCUGAGGCCUCCAAGAAACAACGCAAACCUGGACAAAAACGACGAGGUCUGGGUGGUUUGUCCAAAGAAAAGAAACGCAUGCUCAAGCAAUUGAUCAUGCAAAAAGCCGCCGAAAUCAUGAAAGCUGAGCGCAAGAAGGAGCAGGAGAAACGGGAUGAAUACGUGCGAAGCAAGAUUGGCACGCUCAACUUGGAAGGCCUCAGCGAGAAUGAACUAAGAAGCAAAGUCAGUCAGCUACACGAACAAUUGCGGCAAUUGGAGGGUGAAAAGUACGACUGGGAGGAGAAAUUGCGCCGGCAGGAUGUUGAAGUGAGGACUGAAUGUGGUUUUCUCUCUCUCGUGGUUUCUCCUUCCUACGGCAUAUCGUCUAUGUAUCAAAUAAUCAUCGACUUAGAACAAAUCAUACUUUCAUAUCAUCAGAACAAAAUUGUGUACAUUAGUAUGUGCAAUCAUCAAUCGCCGCCUUUGAAGUGCAUGUCGCACCACUUAUUUUCUGUUCUCGAUUGUAAAUGUUUGGUUGGCUUUCGUCGCUCAUUCAUUCAUCCAUCUUCCCUUUUUUUAUUGUUGUACAGCGUUAAACCGGUCCUCAAAAAGGUGUCCAAGACCGAAAGCCAUAUGGCUCGUUUCGAAAAGAAGGAAACCGGGCAUUCGCUCUCCUCGUUCCGGAACCAGCUCAAAUCCACCGGACACAGCAAAUACGCCCUCGAAGAGAAGGAUGAAACUGGCGGUAAAGCUGACUGGCGUGAUCAGCUCAAACCGAAAGAAGAGGAGAGUGCUGCUCCAGCCCAGUAG